AUGGCCAAGAACCCCAAGGCGGCCGACACCCGCCGUGGCCGUUCUCCCACAAGAAGGCCCCAACCGCGCCGCGCCAAGGCGGCGCCGGCAGGCUCCUCCUCCGCUGCUGACAUCGAAGACCUGGCUCCCGCAGUGCCUGGGGCCGCAGCCCCGGGCGCCGCCGCACCCGCCGCGCUGCGCGCGCAGCUGCUCCGGUGGUAUGACGUGCACCGUCGGGAUCUGCCGUGGCGAUGCGCAAGCGGCAGCGAGGAAGAGAGGGCGUACGCGGUGUGGGUGUCGGAGGUGAUGCUGCAGCAGACGCGGGUGCCCGUGGUCGUCGGCUACUACGAGCGGUGGAUGGCGCGGUGGCCCACCGUGCGAAGCCUCGCCGCCGCUACGCAGGAGGAGGUCAAUGAGAUAUGGGCGGGUCUUGGCUACUACCGUAGGGCUCGAUUUUUGAUGGAGGGAGCAAAGCAGAUCAUGGAAAAGGGGGUGUUUCCUUGCACGGCGUCAGCCCUCCGUGAGGUUCAUGGCAUUGGGGAUUACACAGCUGGAGCAAUCGCUUCAAUUGCCUUCAACGAGGUUGUCCCAGUUGUGGAUGGAAAUGUUGUACGAGUGAUCAGCAGGCUUUACGCCAUUGCUGACAACCCAAAGGAAUCCUCAACAGUGAAGAGAUUCUGGGAGCUUGCAGGUCAGAUGGUUGAUCCUUUGAGACCAGGAGACUUCAACCAAGCAAUGAUGGAAUUAGGAGCAACAUUAUGUAGCAAGACAAAGCCUGGUUGCUCUGAAUGCCCAGUCUCUAGCCACUGCCAAGCGCUUGCACUUUCCCAUGAAAAUUCAGUCCGAGUUACAGACUUCCCACGUGUGGUUCCAAAGGCCAAACCUCGGAGAGAUUUCGCUGCUGUUUGUGUCGUUCAGAUUGCACAAGGCUUGGAGGAAGAGAGACCAGAGGAGGGCCUGCUUGCGGGGCUCUGGGAGUUCCCACUGGUCCUUGUGGACGAAGGGAAAACUGAUUUGCUGAACAGAAGGAAAGCAAUGGACAAGUAUUUGUCAAAGUUGCUUAACAUCGACAUAGGACAGAAAUCUGUCGUGAUCUUCCGGGAGGAUAUUGGUGAGCAUGUCCACGUUUUUUCCCACAUUCGCCUGACAAUGCAUGUGGAGCUGAUGAUUAUUAAUAUCAAAGAUGGUGUGGAUCGACUAUGCAAAAAGGAAGCUGAUAGCACAAGGUUGAAACUUGUCAACGAGUCCUCCGUGGAGUCCAUGGGAUUAACAUCUGGUAUUCGGAAGGUGUACAAUAUGGUCAGGGCUUUCAAGGAGAAAAGGUUCCCUGUAUCUGAGAAAGGUCAUGUACCCACGAGGAAAAGGACUAGACGGUUAAAGCAGUAA